CGAGAGGAAUUCCAAUUUUAAAGCAGACUACACAGAAAUUGCGUGUAAUCGCAACGGACAGAAUUCCGGCGAGUGACCAGUUGCUCGUGAUCACUUCCUGGUUGGUCGACUACCUUUCGUACAACGAUAUACCACCCGUAUGUGUGUAUAUGCGUACGUACACACAUAUAUAUAUGGGAGUGUCGAGAUGUUACUCUCGAGCGCUUGGUUCGAAGUAAUCGCGGUAGCUCUUUUGACGAUAUUGGUCUUCGCUACUAGCUAUCGGCCAGCUUGGUGGUUUUGGAGCGGCACGUCUCAAAAAAGCAAUGUACCAUCCGGCGAGGAGAAGCACGAUAAGAAGCGCGAAGCGGUAACCAAAGUACCGGGACCGUAUCCUUUACCGAUUCUCGGAACCAGAUGGAUCUUUUCUUGUAUCGGCUACUAUAAGCUGAGCAAGGUUCACGAUGCUUACAAAGAUUUGAACAAACGAUAUGGACCGUUGUGUAAAGAGGAAGCAUUAUGGAAUUUUCCUGUGAUCUCUGUAUUCUCUCGUCAGGAUAUCGAAGCUAUUCUCCGCCGAAAUUCCAAGUAUCCACUUCGACCCCCACAAGAGGUCAUAUCCUAUUAUCGACGAACUCGUCGGGAUCGUUACACGAAUCUCGGUUUGGUCAACGAACAGGGACAAACAUGGCACGAUCUUCGGUUAGCUCUUACGUCAGAACUGACGGGUGCUAAUACCGUUCUUGGCUUCUUCCCGGCUUUGAACAUCGCCGCAGAUUCAUUCAUCGAGUUGAUUCGUCGACGAAGGACGGGAUAUGAAGUAAUAGGUUUCGAGGAGCUUGCCUACAAAAUGGGACUCGAAAGCACCUGUACUUUGAUCUUGGGUCGACAUUUGGGUUUCUUAAAGCCAGAUUCCAGCAGCGAGCUCGCUACGAGAUUAGCGGAAGCCGUCAGGAUACACUUUACGGCCUCGCGGGACGCCUUUUACGGAUUACCGCUGUGGAAAUUAUUACCAACUUCCGCGUACAAACAACUGAUAGAAAGCGAGGACGAGAUAUACAAUAUCAUUUCGGAGAUCGUCGAAGCCACUAUAUUGGAGAAGCGAAACGAUGCUAGAGACGAGUCGGUCGAGGCUGUUUUUCAAUCUAUUUUAAAGCAAAAGAGUCUCGAUAUAUGCGAUAAGAAGGCGGCUAUCGUUGACUUCAUAGCGGCUGGUAUACACACGUUAGGAAACACCUUGGUGUUUCUAUUCUAUUUGAUCGGCCGUAAUCCAGAUGUACAAGCUAAACUUUACGAAGAGACCUAUUCAUUGGCACCGCCUGGCUGCGAUUUGACGAUCGAUGAUUUACGGCGCGCCAAGUAUCUGCGCGCAUGUAUCACCGAAUCAUUCCGAAUGAUUCCAACGACAACCUGUAUCGCUCGCAUUUUGGACGAACCCAUCGAACUAAGUGGUUAUCAUCUUACUACUGGAACAACGGUCCUGUUACACACUUGGAUAGCUGGCAUGGACGAAGAGAAUUUUAAAGAUGCCGGAAGAUAUUUGCCUGAUAGAUGGCUAACGUCUAUCAAUCCUCAUUCACCGUUAUUGGUUGCGCCUUUUGGAACUGGAAGAAGGAUAUGCCCGGGCAAGCGAUUCGUGGAUCUCGCGUUGCAGCUUAUUUUGGCAAAGAUCGUACGGGAGUUCGAGAUCAUCGCGGACGAAGAGCUUGAUCUGCAAUUUGAAUUUAUUCUCGCGCCAAAGGGUCCGGUCUCCCUUGGCUUCCGUGAUCGAUCUUAAGAAAAUAUAAUGAACCGAAUGCUUGUUUAUAUAUUACCGAAAUCUUGCAUCGUUGGCUUCGAUCGUUAUUUUAUGUUCGUAGCCUAUUCGUAGAAUGAUUUAUUUGUUGUAAAUAAUUUUUGUUCGUCUAAUUCGGAAUACUUAUCGUUACAGUAUACGGAUACAUCAUAAUAGCUUUUUACAUUUCAUCGCGUGUACUUUGGAAUCGUCUUAUUCUUUAACCAUCUAAUUGUUUUCAACUACUUACGAAUUUUCGCUAUAUCGUUGUGCAUCCUGUGUAAGAAUAAGACGAUUCCGAAUAUAGCGCGAAUAUAGGACGUUGCCGUUUUCAGUCGGUAUUAAAAUCUCUUUUUUCAACAUAGUUACAUAAUACAUAUUUAUUUCUUUUUUGUUAUCAACGACACUCGCGUGUGUACUGUGCGAGUUAAUCGAUUAUUAGUGAUUUCCUAUGAUACAUGCGUGUAUGUAAUUGAAUUCGAAAAGACUGAAAGUAAUUAUUCGAUACAUUAGCUAGUGUAUACGAUGGCUACAAACUCGCGUACAUAUAAGUUAUUUUUUGCAUUAUCUCGUUAACUUACUCGGAACUUAACUGUUCAAAUCCAGAUUAAGAUAAUUGCAUUUCACGCGAUGCGAAUAACUUAUAUAAUUCAGCAAACACUGUUUUCGCGAUGUUUUAGUAAGUUUCUGUAAAGCGUAAUGUCAUAUAUGCAUAUUGUAUCUCCGGAAAUUUUUACAUAACGGUUGGCGACAUACGUACAGGGUAUUUUACAAUAGUCCUCGUACCUCUGAAUUUUUCACAUCGCAGCAAUUGUAUUUUAUUUAAUACCCGAAGGGAUACCAUAAAUAUUAGGUCAUCGUUUAACUUUCCACGAUCUUCCAAUCUUUCACAUUGAAACAUUGUAAUUUCAUACUGUAAUCUAAUAUCUUUCAAACGAGUGCCAUUGUCUUCGAUAUAUGUAUAUGCUUCUGAAUGAACUGAUAUAUAAUGAA